AUGAUCUUGCUGGAACAAGCUCUUGUGGCGAAAAGUGCAGCAGAAGAUCGAGCGCUGAUACUGCUGAAGGAGAAGAAUAGUGGUUCAGCGCUAAUUGAGGAGAAAGAUGAACAGUACCAGCAGUUGAUGAGAAAGUACAAAGCAGCCAUUCAACAAACUCAUUUGGAUCAUAUUGCUAUUGCGGACUACGUGGAACAGGUAACAAAAUUUGCUUUGAUUGUCAGAGGAAAGGAAGAAAAAAGUUAAAG